AUGCCAAAAUAUAUUCCAAAAAGAAAUACAAAUCCCGAUAUGGAACGAUAUGAGAAGAUUGCACGAAUUGGCGAGGGAGCCUACGGAGUCGUGUUCAAGUGUCGAAAUCGGCAGACCGGUGAGGUGGUGGCCAUCAAGAAGUUCACAGAAUCAGAGGAGGAUCCUGUGAUUCAUCGAAUUGCUAUGCGAGAAAUACGUACUCUCAAGCAAUUGAAGCAUCCCAACCUAAUAAACCUCAUCGAAGUGUUCAAACGGAAGAAGCGUCUUCAUCUGGUUUUCCAAUAUGUGGACCACACGUUGCUGAAUGAAUUGGAGCAAAAUCCCAAGGGGCUCAAAAGGAGUCAGGUUGUCGAAUUCACCUGGCAGCUACUUCAAGCUGUAAAUUUUUGCCAUGAACGUAAUUUCAUUCACCGCGACGUCAAGCCAGAAAACAUCCUCAUCACAAAGACACGACAGCUAAAACUAUGCGACUUUGGAUUCGCUCGGACACUCACCGGUCCAGAUGACAAAUAUACAGAUUAUGUGGCAACCCGUUGGUAUCGCGCUCCAGAACUAUUGGUGGGUGAUACACAAUACGGACCUCCGGUGGAUAUUUGGGCUAUCGGCUGUGUUGUGGCCGAAAUGCUUACAGGUUCACCCCUAUGGCCAGGCAGGUCCGACCUUGACCAACUCUUCCAGAUCAUCAAUACUCUCGGUAUGUUCGGAUGUUGUGACCACUUGCUUGUCUACGGUCAAAUCCGCCAUGUCUUCAUAGAUGCGGACAGUCAAAACAGGUCCCCACCGUUCUCUUACCUCUUAGAAAUAGCUCUAUGCGCCAGUAAUCUACCUCCAGAAAACAAGAAUUUUCUUUUACUAUACGACUUGAACAAAAUCAUUUGUUGUGAUAUUUUGCCCCGGCAUCGAGAGAUCUUCGCGUCGAAUGCCUUUUUCAAGGGACAUCAACUACCGGAGCCAAAAAUAAUGGAAAGUCUGGAAAAGAAGUUCGCCUCUCUCCAGCCCCCCUUGGAGGCUUUUGAAUUAGACUUCUUGCGGGCCUGCUUUCAGUUAGACCCCGCGGGACGAGCAACGACCGAAUGUCUCUUGAAACAUAAAUUCCUAGAGGGUGCAGGUCUUCUCACUUCCGCUUCUAUCGCCUCAUCCCUUCCUGCCACCACGGUUUCGGUAACCCCCUCAGGGGAUAGCAUAGCAACCAACGUACACCGUGCUGGCCUCCCUGCCGAAAGUCGGACCAGGGUGCCCCCAGUGGGAAUCUAUGCCAGGAAGGCAAAGAUCGUUCGUGGUAGCGUCUAUCAUCCCUUCGCCGCAUGGCCAAGGACUGAACUCGGAGGAGCCUCCAACUUUGGCAUAACUGGUGCUUCUGUGACUGGUGGUCUGCAGCAGCAACAGUCUGUUGGUAAUGUGAGCCUGAAAGCAACUGGAUUUUGCGUAAAUCCUAUGCCAUCAUGGAAGACUGUUGCCAAUACGCAGCCAGGUGGAAUGACAAAACUGAAUAACGACAACUCCCUUCCAAGCCUGAAAACCAAUCAGAACGCUCAUGUCUCCACUCACCUCUCCACACCAUUUCAAAAUUUAUAUGGACUCAAUUGUGUGCCCGUCUUCCCCCACCAGUCCACUAUACAUUCCACACAACACGGACCUGUAGGGGGUCCCACCACCACCUUAACCACGACCCCCGCCACCACUGUCACCACGUCAGUCAAAGCCUGCUGCUUUCAAGUGGCGCCUUUACCAGUUACCAAGUUGGCAGCCUCCAGAACCUUCUUGACGACAACGACGAUGAACAUCAGCCGACAACAUACCAUGGGAGGGGCCGCUGUGAUGCCGCCGAUGCCGCAGUCACCAAAUCAGGGUGAGAAGAAUCUGGCUGCCAUGCAUCUUCCCAAUAUCAAUUAA